CUCCCGGCGUCAGUGCGGACACUCAAGGGUACAUAAUUGGAAGCUGUUACUAUCUCUUAGAUCCAUUUCCUAAGGCCGACUUACCUUUUUCCGUAAGCUCUCAAAAUGUGUUGGCAUCCAGGUGGCUGCUGCGGUUCACCCGCGUCCAUUCAGUGCACAAAUUUCUGUUAUAAUUACUGGACAGGAUGUGCAACGAGUCCGUGUUGCCGGACCAGCUGCUCUCCGUGCUGUCCGCCGUAUCGCGGUUGUUGUGGUGGCCCCCGCUGUGGUUCAUGCUAAAAAUGGAGCUGGCUUAGAAGGAAAAUAGGCUUGAUGGCACCAGGGAUAAAAUUUAACAAUUCAGUAGUAUGUAACAAGUGUGCAAUAUUCAAUAAAAUCCAUAGUUUAUA